AGCACGGAGACAUGGCAGGAGCCAGCCUGGGGGCCCGCCUCUACCGGCAGAUCAAGAGGCAUCCCGGGCUCAUCCCGAUGAUCAGCUUCAUCGGCCUGGGCAUGGGCAGCGCUGCCCUCUACCUGCUGCGGCUCGCCCUCCGCAGCCCUGACGUCUGCUGGGACAGGAAGAACCCGGAGCCCUGGAACCGCCUGAGCCCCAAUGACCAGUACAAGUUCCUUGCCGUUUCCACUGACUACAAGAAGCUGAAGAAGGACCGGCCAGACUUCUGACCUGGGCUGGGGUGAACGUCCCAGUAACCACCGCCAGCCUCCCAGCCCCCACGUCCAGCUCCUGCUUACACAGGCGGGUUCCCACGCAGAGGGGGGCGCCUCCCCCCUCCCUCUUCCCAUGUUCCAGCGGAAGCGCCUCUGACCCCCAGCUUGAGUCCCUGGGGUGGUGGUGGGGGAGGAGUCAGGGCGCAGCAGUAUCCAGGUCAGCCCAAAAGGCCCUCCCCAGCCCCCCACCCCUCCCCAGGCCUUGCAGGGUGUGGCCAGGCCACGGCUACGUGUUAAGCGUGGCCUACGUGAGCCAGGAGCAAGCAGAGGCCUCCGAGUGCCAAGUAACGACGUGGCAGGUCCCACAUUAGCCCAGGCCCCAGGCGCUGGUCCAAGGCGGUGCCGCUCUGGCUCGGCUGGGCUCGUCCCGGGCUGCCAGCCUGCCCGUGAGGCACUACACCCAGGGAGGAGCCGGCUCGCCCAGCCUGCUGCCUCCCGCCACGGGCACACCCCCCACCCAGCACCUGGGCCUCCCCUGCCAUCCCCCCGCCCUCCCUUGCUCCCUCUGUCCCUGGGGAUCAAACAGAAGCAGCCGUGGGCAAAAUACAA